AUGAACCACGCGGGCAUGGAUCACAACCACGGAGACAUGGACCACGGCGACGGCAUGAAGGACAUGUGCAGCAUGAGCAUGCUCUUCACCUGGGACACCAACAACCUGUGCAUCGUGUUCCGGCAGUGGCACGUCCGCUCCACGCCCGGCCUCAUCUUUUCGCUCCUGGCCGUCGUUCUUCUGGCGAUGGGCUACGAGGCCCUCCGCUCGCUGUCCCGACGAUACGAAGCUAGUCUCGACAGACGGAUAUCCGCUCUGCCUCGUGAUGAACAAGUUACUGAGACAACACCCUUCCUCGCGCCAGGAUCGAGCCAUGAGAAUAUCAGCAAACGGGGGCACGUUAUCAAGGCGGCGCUUUAUGGCGUGCAGAACUUCUACGCCUUUAUGCUCAUGCUUAUUUUUAUGACGUAUAAUGGCUGGGUCAUGAUUGCGGUGUCGUUGGGCGCCUUUUUUGGUUAUCUCGUCUUUGGGCACAGUACGCCUGCUACCAAGGAUAAUGCGUGUCAUUAA